AUGGUAGUGAGCCAUUGUGGAAAUCCUCUUAGAAGACCGAGUGAAGGUCAGGACUCUGAUGGGGCAAAAAUUGAUCUUGAAAAAAGACUUGAUGUCCAAGCGAGAAUUGGACUUAAAAAUGGUUUGAUUUCCAAGCGAGUUUGGAGUUUAUCCCUUAUUUUGCAUAUUUGCUUACUUGGUUGUAAAUUUUUUAUGCAGAUUUUUUUGUUCAAUUGCAUGUCUGUACGAGAUCCUCAGGUUCUUCUUCCUCACUUGAUGAAAACUUGCGUUGAUCACGGUGAUGCAAUGUUUUCGUCAUUGCUGCUAGUUAUCAAUUGGCUUAAGGACAGUUUGCAACAAAACCACUCAACUCGCUUCAAGGUCCUUAUAACUGGUUCCAUACAUCUCGUCAGUGACCUGUUGAAAUUAAUUAAGAAGUGA